GACUAAAUUACCCCUUACCUUUCUCUUAUAUAAUCCAGUAGGACUGUAAUAACCCUAGCGUCCCUGCUUCUGCUCAGACUUGCCGCCGCUACUGAUUUGAGCCGAGCAAUGGCUCCAAAACAGCCAAAUACGGGUCUUUUUGUGGGUUUGAAUAAGGGGCAUGUAGUCACGAAGAAGGAUUUAGCUCCACGUCCUUCUGAUCGCAAAGGGAAAUCUAGCAAAAGAGUUCUCUUUGUCAGGAGUUUGAUCAGGGAAGUUGCUGGCUUUGCGCCCUAUGAGAAGAGGAUCACUGAGCUCCUCAAGGUUGGCAAGGACAAGCGUGCUUUGAAGGUUGCUAAGAGAAAGCUUGGGACGCACAAGAGAGCAAAGAGGAAGCGUGAGGAGAUGUCCAAUGUUCUUCGCAAGAUGAGGGCUGCUGGAGGUGGUGAGAAGAAAAAGUGAUUUGAUUUUGUAGUCUCUGACUAGUAGAUGCUAGUCAGAGGAACGGUUUUGUUUAGAGACACAAUGCUCGGAAGCUUGUUAUUUUAAUUUUCAGGAAAUUUUGUUACUUUUUAAUCCAGAACUAAAUGUUAUGUACCUCGUUUAUGAUCUGUAUGUGUUUAAAUGAAUUGCAGCUAUUUGAAUGAGUGAUUAUGGAAAUUAACUUAUUUUUUU